ACUCUAUGGAGUUCGCUGAGAAGAGCAAUAUGUCAGUGGUGCCUGGUGGAAAUUUUCGUAUGGAUUUUACCGUCACAGAUUUUAGAAUUGCAGACGUUGAAGUGGCUAUGGAAGACAGUAAGAAAGAGGAGAAAUUUGAUUUGACAAGUAGAAGACAAGAAGUGGAAGAUCUUUCUCCUUCAUUUAACAUCAACCUUUCUCAUAUACAGCCUGAAAUAGAUUUGAAUAAGAUGCCGUCCCUAGGUGAGGAAUGUGAGAUAAUAUCAACAGCAGCUAGUGUUAUGCAUUCUGUUACGGAAGAGCAGUUGACAGAACCUUCUGCAAAAGCGAAGGCUAACCAGAGGCAUGUUGUGCCUCCAGUAUUGCAGACCCUGAACAAGCCUUUAGGGGGUAUUAAUGUUGUCAGUACUUACAAAAGGAGGAGGCAUGGUGUAAAAGAUAAUUUUCCAUCCCGGACUGCACAUAAAUCAAUUCAGAACCAAAAGCAUAUAGAUGUUAAAGAGAGAAGGGGUAACUCUACAUCUAUUUCUUUUCAGGAUCAGGCAAAGCCAAAAGUAUUACCUGACUUUGAAUUGUAUAUUGUAGAAGAGGAAGAAGGUUCAGGUGGUUAUGCCACUGUGUACAGAGCUCGGAGGAAGAAUGAUGGAGCUUUAGUUGCCCUUAAAUGUCCUCAUGCCAACGCUCAUAAGAAUUAUGUUAACAAUGAGCUGAAAAUGCUGGAGUGUCUUGGGGGCAGAAACUUUAUAAUACGAUAUGAAGGAUGUGUUAGGAGUGAGAAUUCUGAUUGCUUUGUUCUGCAGUAUGUUGAACAUGAUAGACCGGAGGUGUUGAAAAAAGAAAUCGAUGUUUUUCAGUUAAAGUGGUAUGCUUUUUGCCUGUUCAAAGCUCUUGCAAAUCUUCAUAGACAGGGGAUAAUUCAUAGAGAUGUCAAACCAGGAAACUUUCUUUUCUCUCGUAAGACCAACAAAGGUUAUCUUAUUGAUUUUAAUCUUGCCAUGGAAAUGCAUCAAAAGUACAGGAGUACGGACAAAUCAAAGUUGGGAUAUGCUUUAAAUUCUCGAAAUACCGUUCCUCCCAAAGCCAUUCAUCCAACAGAUAGCAGCAAGUUUUUAAAUAUGAAAUCAAGGGAGGGAAUCAAUAUAGAGGCAACAAAAGGGUCCAGGUUAACUUUAGAGCCGAAGAACACGAGGAAGACAACAGUUCAAAGGAAGGCUCCUCAUAACGACUUGAGUAGCUGGAAUAAAAUAAAUAGUCAGGGUGCAGAUGGUUCAGGCAUUACCUCAGCAAAGGACGGAAGUGCAAGAACUCCUUCAGCAGAAAGACCCAGAGAACCUUUGCCAUGCCAAGGUAGGAAAGAGCUAAUCAGUCUGGCACAGGAAGCAAUGCAGACCCCCAAACCUGGAGUGUCGCAUGUUCCUGCUCCCAGGAGAAGGCGAGUUGCUGCUUCUCCGGCAAAAAUGGAUAGACAGGUUCUUCAUCCUACUCCAAUGCCUUUGAAUUCAAUUAGCUUGGCAAUAUCUGGAGUUGGCUUAUUGAAGAACAAAGGGGAUGGGAAGCAUAAGAAAGAAGGUCCUUGUGCUGGAACCAAAGGCUUUCGAGCACCAGAGGUCUUGUUCAGAUCUCAACAUCAAGGUCCAAAGAUUGAUGUCUGGUCGGCUGGGGCCACUCUGCUUUACCUAAUGACUGGGAAAUGUCCCUUUACUGGUGAUCCCGAACAGAACAUAAAGGAUAUUGCAAAACUGAGAGGCAGUGAAGAUCUUUGGGAAGUUGCCAAGUUACAUAAUCGUGAAUCCGCAUUUCCCGAGGAGCUCUAUGGUAAGCAGUCUUCAACAACUGUGAAUCUAAGGGAGUGGUGCGAAACGAAUACGAAGAGACUAGACUUCCUUUCGGAGAUACCGAGUUCACUUUACGAUUUUGUGGACAAGUGCUUAACAGUGAACCCGAGAUUGAGGAUUACAUCAGAGGAUGCUCUUAAGCAUGAAUUCUUGGCUUCAAUACAUGAAAAUAUGAGAAAGAAAAGGGCGUUCAAGCAAGGGAACCAGCUUUGACUCUGAGAGAAAGGAUCACCAAGACUUCAUGUUUGAAGGUUUCACGAAAGGUUCGUCUGCGGUUAACUGAUGUAAAUGUAUGAGUUUCAUCAUAGAUGUUCAAGUUGUGUAAAUAAA